UGAGUCAAGCUGUCAAAAAUCAACCUUUUAUUUUUAAAAAACUUGUAAAAAUACGCAAAAUAAUGUUAAAAGAGCCAACUAUUAAUUUUUUGUAUUAGAUAAUUUUUAAACGGAAAUCUGAAAAAGAAUGCAAAUGAAGUGGAUUAACCUAAUUUGACCAAAUAGUGGUUUUGUUUUCUGACGUCACAUUAUUUCUAGUCGAUAAUACAAAAUGAGUGAAAAAGCUAAUAAUUUGGAUGAAACUGAUGCUGAAGUUUCUACAGAAAGAGUCACUAACUCGGGCCUUGGUAGAUAUUUUGACAACACAGGACACACAAUAUUCGACGAAUUAGUUUCUCCUAAUAAAUCAAACGCAUUUGCUACUGUUGCAAAUCCAGUUUUCGAAAUUCCGACAACUUCUCCAAGUAGUUUUUUUGAUAACGAUACUCUAGUAAAUGCGGAACAAUUUUCUGAACAGCCAGCCACAAUUGACUUUCACAGAGAUGCUUGGAUUCCUUCAGAACAUACGAGAAAAGUUCUCAGGACGAUUGCCACUUCGACUCCUGGUGGAAACGCCCUUGACAGGGAAAUACUGACAAUGCCAGGACUGGCGAUCCAGGACGACAUGAUCGACCCGAUAAAGGAAGCAACUUUUCAAUUUCUCGGAGAAGAUGAAUCAUCAAGUAGAAAUGUCUUGACAGCUUCAGACGUGACUCAAGAUGAACGAGGCCUACGAAAUUUGAUUCACGCAGGAUGUUAUCGAGGAGCCGUAAAUCUCUCAGGUCGUCUUCUCGCCAUAUACGGCCAAGGAUUCGGAAAAAUAAACCAUCCCAGCAAACACACUCCCCAUUCUCUCCAACUCUGGUUCACUCGACUCUCCCUCCUGACAAAACUAAAACAAACCGAACUUCUCGAAAAUGAAUCCAAGCCUUUUGGAAACUUGGACAAGCCAGACAUGUACUUCAUUUUCUACCCUGAACUCUACGGCACCAGACCUGGAUCCAUGGCUUCUUUUUCCUUCAGACUUCUCCUAGCGGAGAUUCCAAGCUACUAUGGAAAAGGGAAACAAGCGAUGGACAAUCUUCAUAAAGUCCUCGCGACUGUCUCAAGGAUAAUCAAAAAUUUAGAAUCAGGCCAGGGUGAAGACGGAAGCCAAUUGAAAUUUGACUCUGGAGAAGAGGAGGAUUCCUUGAAAUUGUGGAACGGCAGAAAGUGUCGGACUCUCAUUUCCAUUGUAAAUUGUGCCUUGGGGAUGAAAAACUACGUUCUGGCGAGUGAAGUUCUCGAGAAUUUGUACAGUUCCAUCGAAUGGAAAAGGGAAGAAGCGGAGACACUUAGCUCAGCGAUAGGCAGAGUUCAUCUGGCUCUUGGAGAUGCUUCCGCUGCGGAGAAGAAGUUUUCAAUCACCAGAGAAAAUCCUCCGAAUUCUAAAGUCGUCAGGGAACUGGUGGAUAGAGGAUUGAUGGCUGUGGCUCAAAAUGCUUUCCAGGAGGCAUUGAAUUGCUUCCAAUCUGCAUCAGCAUUGGAUCCUUCGAAUGUCAUGUUGGUGAACAAUAUUGCGGUUUGUUUGCUCUACACUGGGAAACUUGAAGCGGCUGUUCUCUUGAUGGAAAGUGCCAUGACGAGGAAUCCUGUUAAGAGUCUGCAAGAGUCUGUGAUUUUGAAUUUGUGCACAUUGUAUGAGUUACAUACGACACACAGCAAACAGUCUAAAUUACAUUUGCUGAGGCAACUCAACAGGUACAAGGGAGAUUCUCUCGAUAUUGGGUGUCUCAAACUUGGCAUAUAAAUAUUAUUUCAUUUUUAAUAUAAAAUAAAGUGAAGUUACGAAA